GGGUCUCCUAACUAGUUCUAGCGAGUCUGGACGGUCAGGGUACCGAUUUGGAACGGCUUCGGCGGCCCGGGCGGCUAGGCCCGGAGACGGCGGGCGGGAUGAGCGCAGCGCGCGGCGGAGCGGUGCGGACGCUGCGGGUGCCCGGCCGUCACGGCUACGCGGCGGAGUUCUCUCCGUACCUGCCGGGCCGACUGGCCUGCGCAGCCGCGCAGCACUACGGCAUCGCGGGUUGUGGAACCCUGCUAAUAGUGGAUCAAAAUGAAUCUGGGCUUAGGCUUUUUAGAAGCUUUGACUGGAAUGAUGGUUUGUUUGACGUGACCUGGAGUGAGAACAAUGAACAUGUCCUGGUCACCUGCAGUGGUGACGGCUCGCUGCAGCUCUGGGACACCGCCAAAGCCUCAGGGCCACUGCAGGUCUACAAGGAGCACUCUCAGGAGGUGUACAGUGUUGAUUGGAGCCAAACCAGAGGUGAACAGCUUGUGGUGUCUGGCUCAUGGGAUCAAACUAUCAAGUUGUGGGAUCCAACUGUUGAAAAGUCUCUGUGCACCUUUAGAGGCCAUGAAAGUGUCGUUUAUAGCACAAUCUGGUCUCCCCACAUCCCUGGGUGCUUUGCUUCAGCCUCAGGUGAUCAGACUCUAAGAAUUUGGGACGUGAAGUCAACAGGAGUCAGAAUUGUGAUUCCAGCACAUCAGGCAGAAAUUUUGAGCUGUGACUGGUGUAAAUACAAUGAGAAUUUGCUGGUGACAGGGGCAGUUGAUUGUAGUUUGAGAGGCUGGGACUUGAGGAAUGUACGACAGCCGGUGUUUGAGCUUCUUGGUCAUACCUAUGCUAUUAGGAGAGUGAAAUUUUCACCAUUUCAUGCUUCCGUGCUAGCCUCUUGUUCCUAUGAUUUUACUGUAAGAUUCUGGAACUUUUCAAAGCCUGACCCUCUUCUUGAAACAGUGGAACAUCAUACAGAGUUUACUUGUGGUUUAGAUUUCAGUCUUCAGAGUCCUACUCAGGUGGCAGACUGUGCUUGGGAUGAAACCAUAAAGAUAUAUGAUCCUGUUUGUCUUACUAUGCCUGCUUGAGAUAUACUACUCCAAUCAAAAACAAAGCAUAUUGGCUGAAGGACUGCUUAGCAGGAAAUAAACUAUUGAUAACAUAGACAUUAUGCUUUUAUAUGCUAUUCGGAUUUCAAAUUUUACAAAUUACCCUGGAAUCAGUUCUAAGGCAGCUGAUAAAGACUUUGGCUCACUAUUUAAGCCUGGCACAUAAGCCAUAUUUCUUAAAAUCCUAAGGAAUAAGUGAUGUUAUGGUAUAUCUUAUAUGAUUUAUUAAAAUGUAACCUCUGUAUUAUAAAAUGGAUUAAAAUAUGGGAGAUUCAUAGAUUAUAUUGAUAGUAAUAUAUUUUGUCUUUAAUUUAUCAAUUUUUAUGUAAAAUGUAAUCGCUGCUAUUGAUAAAAAUAAAAAUAAACUGCAUCUCUUGA